GCCACAGGCAUUACCGAUGGCGCCUCCCGGAGUCGGCCAAUCAGGGGAUCCGCAGGAGAACGCCUUCCUACGCCAACCAAUGGGAGACGCAGGCCACGCGAUGGCUCUACCCCGGGAGCCAAUCAGAGCACAAGGGACGGAGUGCGCACAUCGGCAGAGGAGAGGGUGGGGCUGUCGCGCCAGGUCAGGCAACGCGGGAGGCCGGGGAUUCCAGGGAUCCCGCAGGUCCUCCAGGCUUGGCCUGAGCGGCUUCCUCCAUAUACGCUCCCCUCCUACACAAGUCCGGCCCUCGGCGCUCCUGCCGAAGCAGCAGGCGCCUCGGACUCUGCGCGAGGCCCGCCGGCCGCUCACCUAUGAUGGUCCGCGCCGCCGAGACGAUGACCACGGGAUCUGAGCCUGCAUUCAUCCUGCCCACGACCGCUUCUCCUGCCGCCGUCUGCCCUGCGCUGCCUGCAAGUUAGGCAAGGAUCCUCCUCGCAGCCCACAGGCCGCGCCACGGGCGGGACCUGAGCCCAGGACUGGAAUCCCACGGGCGAGAAUCUCGAGUGAGAGCCCGGCCCGCCGCGGGUCUCAGCACAACUCUAAUGGGUCGUUUUGCUCUCGGCUGCUUCGGGAGGUCCUAUGCGUUUCGCCUGGCGCCAGUCAUUCGCUCGCGUGCAGGGCUUGCUGGGAGCGUCUCGGUGAGAGCCCCCGUGGGGCUGGCGCCCCCUGGCCUUCGAAUCAGCUCUGGCGGUGAAGGGGUGAGGACGCCGGCAGCGUCUUAACGUCCCACAGUGAAAACCUACCUUGGUUGACGUUUGGACAGUGAAAGGAGCAUAUAACAAGUGGGGUCAGUUUUGUUUAAAACCCUUGCUGACUUCCCAGCCUCUUACUGGGCAAAGUUCAUAAUUUUUCUGAGCUUUCUAGGGUUUCUAGACAAGCUUAUGAGGGCCACCAUUACAGCAACUUGUUGGGAACACCUGGAUAGUGGAACAAGAAAACUUGGUCACAAAGUCAUGAAGGGGAAAACUGUUGACGGACCUGGAGAAUCUUCCUGAAGAACUUUAAAGUAGAUUGAAAAAAUCAUUAAAUCCUGGAAACCUA